AUGCUUUGGACACUGGAUGAUGAAACUGUGCUCAUAGACUUCGUGAAGGUCAACAAAGCCAGGGCUGGCGAUGGCAUGAACUUCAACAAGACAUUCUGGAACGACAUUGCUGUGCACCUAGCUGGGUCCACCUCACAAGACACACUCCAUGCCACUUUCGUUGUUAUUGACAGAGUAGUGAAUCACUUGGGUGUUGCAUGGGACAAAGAUUGUGAUGCCGACAUCACACCCAAAUCAAAGACUGUCUGGGCUGAUAUCAUCAAAGCUCCUCCUGCCGCUAAGUCCUACAAGACCGAGGGCUGGCCGCCAUACGAGAAACUGAAGAACAUCCUUCCUUCAAAGGCAAAGGUUACAAAUGCCUACCACCCCCUCCAGGCCUCCAUCACCUCACUGGCUAGCACCAGCAUGGCUGUUGCAGGCAUGAGUUUUGACAAGGUUGAGAUGCGCAACAAGGAAGUGGCACUGGAUGAGAUGGAGAACACCUCCAAUGAUGCGAACCCAGUAGACGUCCUCAUGCUGCUGCUGCCCUCCCCAUUUGACACAGUGCUACAAUCCCCCUUUGCUCCAUUUACACCGGGUACAUCGGGUAUGUCUGUGGCUGCUGGUAAGCACAAAGCUGACAGUGAUGAGUUUAUGAGGACGUCUUCUCGUCCUCCCAACACUUCAAAGUCGAAGGUUGCUGUGUUGGCAUUUGGGAAAGUCACUCAAAUAGGUUCAGAUAUUCGGGAUCUCAGUACCUCAUUUGAUCAUGCAGCCAUUGUCUUUCAAGAGCGCACACCCCACACUAUCGAUCCCAUUCCACUGCGCCGACAGAAGGCAAUCAUUCAGCUGCAGAAGGAGGAUGGUCUGGAGGAUCACCAAGUGGUGGUGGUGAUCAAACAUUUCCAGAAGGAUGUCGCAAUCACUGAUUCAUACCUUGCCAUUGAGUAA